AUGAAGGUGACGGUCAUCGCGACCUUCCUGGUGUUCCUCAUCCUGGGAGCCUGGGGGACGGCCCAGGUCAAGGACGGCCUUGACCUCGCUGACGUCGUGCCAAGGGACACCAACGAGUUCGAGUUCCUCCAGGCGCAGUCCAAAUAUUUUGGUUUUUACAGUAUUAAUGCUAUUACUCAGGGUAACUUUGACUACGCCAACAACCAGCAGCUGCUGUACCAGUACCACAACGCCUUCCAGCGCAUCCGCAAGAUCAUCCGGCGGGACGACGGCAGUCUGCCUGGCUUCUGGCUGGACAUGUUCCGACAGUGGCUCGCUGAUCUCCAGCACUCGUUUGACCGCGACUACCACAAGGGCUUGGUGUCACCCAGUGGCUGUAAGCCCAAUGCCUCAGAGGAGACAAUCCUGGCCUUCAAACUGCUCUCUCAGACCGGAGACAUCAAUAACCCGGUCAACAAGGACCAGAUGAACCGUAUCCGGCUGGUGGACGACCAGGGCAACAUCUACCCCCCGGCCUUCUACAACUACCUGACUGCCUGGACCACCAACGACGCCAUGGCCUACUCCGCAUCCAUGGCCAACUUCCACCCACUGCCCAAGUACUGGCUGCACGACCCCAACGACCACAACUUUGAAAUCCACAAGUCCCAGCACCUUGUCUACACACAGCUUCCGUUUUACCUCACCAACAUCUCAUCCACGGAGGAGGUCAUCGAAGUUAUCACAGAAAUCCGGUCUAUCUGCGAGCAGUUCUCGGACAAGGGCCUGCCCAACUUCCCGAGCGGCGUGCCCUUCACGUUCUACGAGCAGUACAUCAACCUGCGCUUCUACCUGAUGCUGUCCAUCCUGUGUGUGCUGGUGGUCAGCCUAGUGGUGCUCACUGUGGUACUCAUGAAUCCCUGGAUCGCCAUCAUUGUGGUGGUGGUGCUGAGCAUGAUCCUGGUGGAGCUGUUUGGCUUCAUGGGCAUCGUUGGGAUCAAGCUGAGCGCUGUGCCGGCCGUCAUCCUCAUCAUGACUGUGGGCAUAGGCGUGGAGUUUACGCUGCACCUCUCCGUGAUAUUUCUUCAAUGUGCUGGCAGCUCUGGUGGUCAUCGGACUCUUCAAUGGUCUCAUGUUGCUGCCUGUUCUCCUCAGCAUUCUGGGGCCCAAGGGAGAGGUCAUCCCGAAGGAUAACGGCGACUGUCUGGCCACACCCACACCCGAGCCGUCGCCCAAGCUCGAUCGCUACUCCCACCACCACCACCACCACCACGGGGGCAGCGGGCGCUCGCACCGGUCUGGGGGUCGACGGGUGUACCCGCGGGUCAACUCAGACAUCUCUCUGUCCACCAUCUCGGAGGAACCCACACAGUAUUCCUCGCACGAGAUCAUCGUGCAGCCUGAGGUCGUCGUGGAGACCACCACCCUCCCCGGCACCUGCCAGGAUAUGCACCACCAGCAGCAGCAUCAGCAUCCUCACCACAGGACCAGCAGCAGCGGCGGCGGUGGCAACAACAGCAACAGCAACAAUGGCGUCAUAGCAACUACCUCAACUGUAUAUAAUCACAACAACAGCACAAGUAGCAGUAGGACCAGUUUGAGUCCUCCCGACACCCCUCCGCCCCCACUGCCUGCCCACGUGACUCGGGUCAAGGCCACCGCCACUGUCAAGGUCGAAGUCCAUACCCCAAUUCCAGGUUCUGUGAACCAAGAACACACAUACAAAAGCAAGAGACGGAAGAACAGGGAUGGGUUCGAGAACACAAGCAGCUCUGACUCCGAUGCCGGUCGGCGGAGGAGGAAGUGCGAGAGGGAGGCUCAGACAACGUCGUCGGACUACCCACCGUCCAGUCGCAGUCGAGAGGGGACGUCCUCUUCAUCGUCCAGCAGAACUCAGGCCCACCCUCCUCCUCCUCCCACCUCCUCCGCGACGCUACAGCUCCAGCCGCCGUCCUCCCAUCGACGGGGCAGCGGGCGCGGCGAGAGCUGGAGCCACAGCGGCUCUUCUGUGAUGUCAUCGAGUAGGAGGAGUCGGAGGAGGGCAAGGCGGGAGGAGGAGGAGGAGGAGGACUACGCCAGCUCAGACCAAGACUGCAGUAACGUGUGACCAAUGGCUUGAGCAGCUGUGGCACAGUAGAAGCCAGCAGCAGGCAAGUGGUCCUCACUCACCCCCACCAACGUUCAAAGCUUGACCAGUAUCUGCGGAGAUCUAGAAGAUGAACCUGAUAAAAGCCCCGGUAUAUAAGACAGAGGCUCUGGGUGCUGUGGGCUCGGUCAAAGCCACGGAGCAAAAGCACAUCCUCAAACUGGGAGCUGUCAGCCUCCGAGGGAUCCAGUGAGAGCAAACGUGGAUGGCCGUUGUGAUUCUCUUCAAAUGGACCGAAUAAGUUCAGGACUCAAAGACUGCUGAAGUUGGAGACAUUGUUCACAGACAUAACGAGCUAACUGCUGUAUCGAGGCCUUAAUUUGUUGGUGUUUUUUAUACAUACAAAUAAUUAUGCACACACAGAACUGCUGACUAAAGGCCUUAGUCUCUCUAAUUCUUACACACAAAUUAUUAUAAUAGUUUAUAUAUAUAUUGGUGACAGAGGGAAGUUCACUGUGAAAUUGUUAUUCUUUUAUUUUUAUACAAACCUGUUUGUUUGUCAGGGACUUCUGUGCAGAAUGUGUCCAGCGGUUCUGUUUGUUGUAAUAAUGACUCCGAAGUGCUCGAACAAAGUUGAUUGAAACCUGUCUUUUGUCUCUUGAAAAAGAUGUCGCAUAUCAGCGUGUGGUUUUGCGUGGCUUGAGUUCAUUUGUCGAGUCCUACAAUAUAAAAUGGCAAGAUGCUUGAAAAAGCUUCUCCGCAGACACGGGCUUAUUAAGAAGAGAGAGAGAGAGAGGCCUUUCUAUGUUUUUGUUUUAUCUUCUACUCCCUGUCCUCAAAUUUGUUUUGAUAUUGGUGGUAACAUGCUGUUGACAAUCGAUUAUACUGUUCAAAUGAUGUGGGCUAUCUCACUGUGAGCAAAAGAUCACCGAUUUUUGUUUUGUUUUUUCUUUACGUCCCUGAAUACUCUGUUAAAGUGUUAGAACGAAUCGUUUGGUUGUAAGAGUCAGAGCAGAAAGGGAAGGGAACUGAGAAUUAACCUGAACAUUAUGAACAUUAACGUGAGUAUG